CAAGAAUUCGAGCGCCAACCUGACCUAUCCACGCCUCCAGCUCACCGACAGAUCAGCUCGUGUUCCUCCCGCGAUACCGUCUUCUCUGCCGCCAACUUGUCAAUUUUUCCAAGACGCGAGUCUCUAGUUCCAGCAGACCAACAGUGCCCCAGAAUUGCGACGGGCGCAGUUCGAGCUUCUCCUAUUUUCUAUCGCGUGCUCUCGCUAGCCCAAGUGUAGCGACCCAACAAAUCGACCGCCAGCCUACCGAUCGAGCCCUUUGCUAGGCCCGGGACGCACGACUCUCUACGCAUCUCCUCAAGCCUGACGGGAGCAAGACGUUACGCCUGCAGCUCACCUCGUUCGGACAGCCAGAUUAGCCGCACCUCGAUCGGCCCAGGCACGCCUUGCUCCUAAUUGCUUGGCGAGAACCCCAACCAACCGCCAUCUCCCUGUCUGGGGCAGAGAUAGAUUUUCUGCCAAUAUGGCCGCCGAUUCCCCCACGGCUAGCGCCACGACCAGUCGCCGUCUGGCCCUCGAUCGUGGGCCCUCAACCCCGUCUAUCAACGAGAUACAGCGCCCUCGGAAGUUGCGUCUCUUGGUGGCGGCCAACGGCCCCAAAGAUGUGGCCUGCGCAGAGAAGAUUGCCGUGCGCCUCUCGAAGGAUUCACAGAUCACCACGCGUGCUAUCGUCGACGACAUGACCCAUAGGUUGGCCCAGGAGAUUAUGGUGUUCCAGAAUCGGAGCUUGAAAAAGGGCGGCGCUGACGGCUCGAGCGCAAAGGAGAUCGAGACGUGCCAGCAACAGGCCUUUGGGCUGGUAGAAUGGGCCGACCUGCUUGUCCUCGCACCCAUCGAUGCCGACUCCUUGGCCAAGAUGAUGUGCGGCAUAUCCGACACUCUGCUCCUCGAGGUGUUAAGGGGCUGGGACGCCUCCAAGAGGAUACUCCUGAUUCCCGGUAUGACCACGCACAUGUGGGAGAACCCCGUCACCAGGCGGCAGAUGAGCAAGCUGCAUCGCAAGUGGGGCUGGGUUAGGGUUAUGCCGCCUAUUCUCUGGCAUUUCGAGGACGGCUCAAACCCGAAGCGCGUUGUUGAGUGGGACGCCUUCAACGAGUUACUAGGCAUUGUCAAGAACCAAGCUGACGUCCUCAAGCUCGGCCACAACGUGGAAUUUGCCGCCGUGCAGCAGAGAAUCGCUCUCGCCGCCGGUAAACGGCCCAACUCUAGCUUACCCCCCGAGAUAUGGAGCAUCAUCUUGGAGUAUACCAACGACUGGGAGCUGGCGACGUCACUCGGCGUCUUCACGAAUCUCCCCAUGCCCACAAGCGAAGGCUGGCGGCUCGAGCCCAGAGACCCCAAUGACCCGCUCCAAGUUUUCAUGCACGAGCUUGAAUGGACACUCCUUACGGCCAUCACCGACGUCAUCUGUAAGAAGUUGGCGGAAGCGCCGUCGUCGUUUCAGGACCUGUCCGCCUUGGCUGUCCACCUCAUUUUCAAGUUCUCCCUGACGGGUGUGCUCUCGUACAUCGAGUCCAACUGCCCUCACAUCUUCAAGUGCUUUGACGGCAAGACGAUACCAACCAAAGCCUCUGCAUACUACGGCCGGACCGCCAUCCUAGACUGGUGGGCGAGGUCGCCCUCCUUUCUCGAGAAGCAAUACGACACCGAGGCUAUAAACGGCGCGUCCAUGCGAGGUUUUGUCCACGUGUUGGAGUGGUGGCGGCGCUCAGGGCUCCCACUAAAGUAUACAGAGACGGCCUUUGAGAUGGCGAGUUCCAAGGGCCACCUGCACGUUCUGGAGUGGUGGCGAGAUGCAUCAAAGGACCCUGCCGUCCCUCCCAAGCCUGGCCGCUCGCUUCUCCUCGCAGCGCAGUGGGGCCAGGUCGAUGUUAUCCGCUGGUGGGAGGAAAGCGGGAUCCCCAUCGGCAACCAGGACGGCGUGUGCAGAAUGGCGAGCCGCUGGGGUCAGACCAAGGUGCUAGACCUCUGGCGUGAGUUACGAGGCGAUAACAAGAUACAGUUUGAUAACCAGAUUCUUAUCGACGCUACAUACCACGCCCACAUCUCCGUUCUCGAGUGGUGGCAUAGGUAUGCCCAUGGCCAGCUGCCGGGCAUGACCGAGGGCCGACGUGUCGAGUACAAGACGAUGGAUGUCGAGGAGGCGCUCGAGGACUCGCUUGGUGACCAGACCAAGGUGAGGAGGUGGUGGGCUGAAAACGGACUCAACCUAGGGCUGGGCACGAGUGAAUGGAUGAAGAUCAGGUAUCUCUGAGGCGUUUGUCCCAGCCACAUGGUGUAUUGAGGUUGUCGAAUGCGUUUACAUAUGGUAUCAUACCAGUGGUCAAAGGGGUAUCUACGUGCCAAUGGUUCUGUCACUUAACGGCCGUCCUGACUACAACCGCAAUCCUGUACCACCAUACCCUGGUUUCCUGAUCGGCCUCAACAGCGCGACAGAAAUAUUGAGACGCAAAAUUGAAAAGCAAU